CAAAAGUUUUGUCCUGCCAAGAAUGCCAAGUGCCUUUCAAGUUCAAACGAUGGCACCGAACACGGAUAUCUCGACGAGGGCCCUGAUUGUGGCCCUCAAAUCUCCGACUGGAGGAAAGACUUCAGCGGAAGUUGCUGAGAAAACUGGCCUGUCAACCCGACAGGUGAACCGGAUAUAUACUCGCGCAAUUGAGCGUGGGUUUGACCCCAACCAUAUGCCACUCACCUUACGAGAUGAGUGGUUACAGGACGCUCCCCGGUCUGGCUGCCCGACAAAACAAACAGCUGAAGCGACAGAGGGAGUUGUCGCAAAGGUGCGAACCGACCAUUACGGAAGGGAAAAAACUUGUGCUGAUAUCGUGGGGGAACUUAGCUUCCAAGGUAUCGACAUUGUCAUGACACUCCUUCGAUAUUUGUGUCACGACCCUUCGAUUCGCUUUAGUCUCUAG